AUGAGUUUGUCUUUGGCGUUCAAACUUUCAGAUGAACUUCAAGAAAAAAAAGGAAAUCCAAAGCCUGAGUUUGCAUUCAGUUGGUUAGAUGACAAGGACACAUUUAAAGCCGGUGACAUUGCGAUUGUAAAGAUUAAAGUGUUAAGCAAUCUUGACAAACUUGACAAGAACGCAUUUCACCCCAUUCUCACUGUCAAUGGAAAGACUGGGAAUAGUUCUUACGUAUCUGGGGUUUUUACAGAUUUCAAAGGCAACAAUUCCGAUGAUUGGAAGAUUUUUUUUACCACCUUAACUGCUGGUUUAUUCAAUGUGAUGAUCAACGAGGAUCGCUACCAAGUUUUUGAUUCUUCAUUGCAUUUCCAAGUUGAACCAGGGAGAAUGUACCCUUCUGUCUGUUUUGCUUCAUGGGUGGGUAACAUCAACGAGUUUGAAGCAGGGUCAAGAGCUAGACUUUUAAUACUUCCAAAAGAUGCAUUUGGGAACAAUGUCUCUUCAAAUAGUGAAGAUCCCAAUGCAUAUAACUUCACUGUGUCUGCAUUAUAUGGCAAUGGUUCCCUUGCUGAUUAUCCUAAUAUCAAUGGCAUUGGAUGGAAUGGAUUUGGUUGUAUAAUUCUUGAGUUUACUGUGGUGAAAGCUGGAGAGUUCUUUUUGCUUGUUCAGGGUGGCAAUCAGACCUUGAGUGGAACUCCCCUUCCAUUCAGAGUGAAACCAGGACCUCUUGAAGUUUCCAAUUGUGUGAUGAGGUGGAACUAUGAACCAAAUGCGUGGCAACUAUUUUCAAAGAUGGAACUCUUCAUACAUCAGCAAGAUCAGUAUGGAAAUCUAGUUCCAGGACUCUAUGAGUUCGAUGCUGAAGUUAUCGAAAAAGAAGCAAACUUGUCUAUACCUAUACCAGAUUUGUACUUUGCGGAAGUGGAGCCUGGAAUUCAACUGUUUUCCUUCAGCAAUCUUGAGCUAGGGAAUUUUUUGCUCAAAAUAUCAGACAUGAAGCACAACAAGAGUAUCUCUGACAUGCCAUAUGCUUAUAAUGUCUUUGUAGGUUAUUGCAAUGGAUCAAACAGUGUUGUCAAUGGAACUGGUUUGAACAAUUCCAUCGCAGGAGAAAUGGCAGAGUUCUCAGUUUAUUUGGAAGAUAGCUUUUUAGAUCCUUCUCCUGUAGAAGUAGAGAGGCUUCAAGUGGAAAUUACAAGGGAAAUUGACUCCUAUAGCAUACUACCAACCAUAUCUCCAAUACAGAUUAUAAAUGGUACAUUUAAAAUUUUGAAAUUCCCUUGUUUCUUAUUUGAUAAGAAACCUGCUAGGAAUUCAAGUGUUCUAGCGACUUCUUUCGAUGUGACUUACACGCCUGACAAGAGUGGUGUUUAUGGAAUUCGAGUAUAUUGUGGAAAUAUUAUGCUUAAUGGUGGCCAUUCAUUUACCAAGGAAGUAAGUGCAGGUGAGGUUAAUAUAUCGCUUUCAAGGGUUGUAAAAUUUUCUCCCAAGGUACCAAAGUUGAUAAAGAAUGAAGUAGUUGUGGAGCUUAUGGAUUCUUUCCAUAACCCUGUUAUGUCACAACAAUCAAGGCUGAAACUAGAGGUUGCUGCUUCAAUGAAGAAUGCCUCGGGUUUCUUAAGUUGGAAAUUUUUGGACAACAAUAACGGGUCAUAUACAGGUCACUAUACAGCUAAGGACAUUGGAAAUUAUCAAAUAUGUGCUUCAUUUGAUGGCAAAAGUUUUGACCCUUGUCCUUUUGAGGUCAAUGUCUAUAGUAGUGAAUAUUUUCCUCGAGCCUACGAUGAUACAAUAUUUGUUUGGGAGGAUGAAUCUACCGCUUUUGAUGCUUUAGGAAAUGAUUACUUUGCUGGUGACAGUGCAACUAUCCAAGAAUUUUCAGAACCAAGCCAUGGUUCACUUCUCCAAUAUGGAAGGCUGCUCCGAUACACACCUCAGAAAGACUACUAUGGAAAUGAUUCCUUUGUGUACACAAUAUCAGAUGUAAAUGGUAAUCUUGCAACUGCUUCAGUAAACAUAUCUGUUCUCACAAUCCCACCUCAGUUUAUUUCCUUCCCAAGUCAAUUACAAGCAACCGAAGAUGAGAUAAAUCCCAAAUUUGGUGGUUUCUCUGGAUUUGAGCUAAGAUAUUCAGAUAUGAAUGAGAACAUAUCUGUUAAUCUUAGUGCAAAAUCUGGGACUAUUUCCCUCUCUCCAAUGCUAAUGCAGUUCUGGCCAACAAAGAACAAACUUUCUUUAUACAAAGGGGAUGGAGAAGCUAAGGGUUUGGUCUUGGAAGGCACUGUGGAAGUAGUGAACUUUGCUCUCAAGUCAAUUCAGUAUUAUGGAAAUGAGAACUUCUAUGGCAAUGAUACAGUUCGAAUCUCGACUAGAAACACACAUGGAGUGAAUAUCUUGGAUGUUCCAGUGUUUUUGGAUCCUAUCAAUGACCCCCCAUUUAUUCACAUCCCUGAAUUCAUCAUCUUGAAAAGUAAUGAAGAUGAGUCACUGAUAUAUGACUUAAAAAGAGACAAGUUUGAGUUUUUCAUUGGAGACCCUGAUAUUCAAGGCUUCUCUGGUUACAAAUCCCAAUUCAUGGUCUAUUUUUCUGUGGAAGUUGAUAAUGGAUUUCUAGUAACUAGUCUACCAGCUGAGCUGAUCAACACAACUGAACUUAAGACCAUGAACAGUCAUAUGUGGCAGCCUCUUCAAACAUAUGUUAGCAUCUCACAACACUUUAAGGUCAAGGCUAAUGGAAUUAGAUUCCGGGGAACAGUUGAUGACUGCAAUAGUGUUAUGAAGCAGCUUUACUACAAUGGUGGAUACCAUGGUGCUGUUUUAACAGUGACAGUAAAUGACAUGGGAAAUUAUGGGUGUUACCCAGAUUGUACUGACAAUGUUUCAGUGCCUUUAUAUACAGAGGUUAAUGUUAAUCUUAUCAGAAGAAGGCCAAUGAGUUCAUUUGUAUCUCAUGCCUUGGGAUCGGCAUUGGUGAUUGAGUCCAUAGUGGUACUUACUCUUGGAGUUGUAGUUUUAUCUUUUACAUGCAAAUGUGCUUUUGCUUUGGUUAAGGAAAGAAGUAACUAUGGUAUCAGCAAAACUCCUGUGGUUUCAAUUAAAGCAAGUGAAUGA